ACAUCGUUCUUUUUUGUCAAAUACGCCACAGCAGGCGCGUAGUCUUUUUAAAGUUGGUCAAGAAAAUCGUUAAACAUCGAAAAUGGUCAACUUCACUGUCGAUGAGAUCCGUGGCUUGAUGGACAAGAAACGGAAUAUCCGUAAUAUGUCCGUCAUUGCUCAUGUCGAUCAUGGUAAAUCUACUUUAACCGAUUCUUUGGUAUCAAAAGCUGGUAUUAUUGCUGGAGCCAAAGCAGGUGAAACUCGUUUCACUGAUACACGUAAAGAUGAGCAGGAGCGUUGCAUUACUAUUAAAUCAACCGCUAUUUCCAUGUACUUCGAAGUUGAGGACAAAGAUUUGGUUUUCAUUACAACCCCUGAUCAACGUGAGAAAGAUUGCAAAGGUUUCUUGAUAAACUUGAUUGACUCACCUGGACACGUCGAUUUCUCGUCUGAGGUAACAGCAGCUUUGCGUGUAACUGACGGUGCCUUGGUUGUUGUCGAUUGUGUGUCUGGUGUAUGUGUACAAACUGAGACUGUAUUGCGCCAAGCAAUUGCUGAACGUAUCAAGCCAAUUCUGUUCAUGAACAAAAUGGAUCGCGCAUUGCUCGAACUCCAACUGGACGCUGAAGAACUUUAUCAAACGUUUCAACGUAUUGUAGAAAACGUGAACGUUAUUAUUGCAACAUACAACGACGAUGGCGGUCCAAUGGGCGAAGUGAGGGUAGAUCCCUCUAAAGGUUCUGUUGGCUUCGGCUCAGGUCUACACGGUUGGGCGUUCACACUCAAACAAUUCUCUGAAAUGUACUCUGAAAAGUUUAAAAUCGAUGUGGUGAAACUAAUGAACAGGUUGUGGGGCGAAAACUUCUUCAAUGCUAAAACUAAGAAAUGGCAAAAACAGAAAGAAGCAGAUAACAAACGUUCUUUCUGCAUGUAUAUUUUGGAUCCAAUUUAUAAAGUUUUUGAUGCUAUAAUGAAUUACAAAAAGGAAGAAGUUCCAACUUUAUUGGAAAAGAUUGGUGUUGCAUUAAAACACGAAGAUAAGGACAAAGAUGGUAAAGCACUUCUUAAAGUAGUCAUGCGUACCUGGUUGCCCGCUGGUGAAGCUUUACUUCAAAUGAUAGCCAUUCAUUUGCCUUCACCUGUUGUAGCCCAAAAGUAUCGUAUGGAAAUGUUGUACGAAGGACCUCAUGAUGAUGAAGCCGCAGUUGCUGUUAAAAAUUGUGAUCCAGACGGUCCUCUCAUGAUGUACAUUUCAAAAAUGGUACCGACAUCUGAUAAAGGUCGUUUUUAUGCUUUCGGUCGUGUUUUCUCUGGUAAAGUUGCUACAGGACAGAAGUGCCGUAUUAUGGGACCAAACUAUGUUCCCGGAAAGAAAGAAGAUCUUUAUGAAAAAGCUAUUCAGCGUACUAUUUUGAUGAUGGGUCGCUAUGUUGAGGCUAUUGAAGAUGUACCUUCUGGUAAUAUUUGCGGUCUUGUUGGUGUAGAUCAAUUCUUGGUGAAAACAGGUACCAUUACCACAUUCAAGGAUGCACAUAACAUGAAGGUGAUGAAGUUCUCUGUAUCUCCUGUUGUGCGUGUUGCAGUAGAGCCUAAAAAUCCAGCUGACUUGCCAAAACUAGUAGAAGGUCUUAAACGUUUAGCUAAGUCCGAUCCUAUGGUACAGUGUAUUAUUGAAGAAUCUGGCGAACACAUCAUUGCUGGUGCCGGUGAAUUGCAUUUAGAAAUUUGCUUGAAAGAUUUAGAAGAAGAUCAUGCCUGUAUCCCACUUAAGAAAUCAGAUCCCGUUGUAUCAUAUCGUGAAACCGUUUUUGAAGAAUCCAACCAAAUGUGCUUAUCUAAAUCACCAAACAAACAUAACCGUUUGAUUAUGAAAGCUAUGCCUAUGCCCGAUGGUUUACCAGAAGAUAUUGAUAAUGGAGACGUUAGCUCAAAGGAUGAUUUCAAAGUGCGUGCUCGUUAUUUGGCUGAGAAAUACGAUUAUGAUGUAACUGAAGCUCGUAAGAUUUGGUGCUUUGGACCUGAUGGUACAGGCCCCAACUUUAUCUUGGAUUGUACUAAAUCUGUGCAAUAUCUAAAUGAAAUUAAAGAUUCAGUUGUUGCUGGUUUCCAAUGGGCAACAAAAGAAGGUAUCAUGGCUGAAGAAAAUAUGCGAGGUGUACGUUUCAACAUUUAUGAUGUGACAUUACACGCUGACGCUAUCCAUCGUGGUGGUGGCCAAAUCAUUCCAACAGCACGUCGUUGUUUAUAUGCUGCAGCUAUUACUGCAUCACCUCGCAUUAUGGAACCUGUGUACUUAUGUGAAAUUCAAUGUCCUGAAGUAGCUGUUGGUGGCAUCUACGGUGUACUUAAUAGGCGUCGUGGACAUGUAUUCGAAGAAUCACAAGUUGUAGGAACACCUAUGUUCGUUGUUAAAGCAUAUUUACCCGUAAACGAAUCCUUCGGAUUCACAGCUGAUUUACGUUCUAACACUGGCGGUCAAGCCUUCCCACAAUGUGUGUUUGAUCACUGGCAAGUACUUCCAGGCGAUCCAUCUGAACCAUCAAGCAAGCCUUAUACAAUCGUGCAGGAUACACGCAAACGCAAAGGUCUUAAGGAAGGUCUACCUGAUUUAACUCAAUACCUUGAUAAGUUGUAAUCAGGAUUAAAGGAAACAGUGUUUUAUAGCACAUCGCAAAAUUAUGAUAUACAAACAAACAAUUAAUACAUUUAAUUAACUGAGAUAAUUUAAUUAAAAACAAUAAAAUGUAAAUAUUUUUUACAUUUAAAGCAAUUAUAUCAUAAAUAUUUGUUUAAAUGGGGUCACAAGAAACAUAAUCGCAUACAUAUAUACUACUAAUUAAUGGCAUGUGCAUUUUUCGAACAAAAUAAUUAUUGAGGAACUUUUAGAUUUUCUAUUUUUUCUACUAUUAUUUUUGAAGUUAAGUUAUUUUGUAGCUACACUUUCUGUUAAAUUGUAAAAACACUUAAAAUCCAAUAUCAGUUGUUUUUUUAUACAUACAUAGAAAUAUUUG